AUGGAUCAUGGAUCAUGGAUCAUGGAUCAUGGAUCAUGGAUUUUGAUUUUUAGCUGUGGGUUUUGUGGAUCAGGAUUUUUGGCUGUAUUUUCCGAUAGAUGCCAAACAUCAGAUACGAUGACCCCUUGUCUUUGGCCUAAAAAUGGCAACAAAGUGAAGAAGAAGCAUCCUUUCUUUACCUUUACCUUUACCUUUACACCACACAACCAACACUCUACAAUGCAGAUCCUCUCUAUCCAAAAGCGUAUUAUCUCAAAGUGCCAGCGUCGCCAGUCUUCAACUACUAAUACCACAAGCCGUGUUUCCACAUUCACUUCAUCAAUGGAUCAAUGCAUGAAAGGCCUCGCUUCAGUCAAGAAAGCCUUUAGCUGUAACAAAGUCCAAAACACAGUCGCACCUUCAAUGAUUUCAUCUUCAUCGACAAUCUCUGAUGACUCCUUUGUUUCUGCCCUUUCUGAUGACGAGAACUUUUCCAAAUCUUGCCCAGUAUCUGAAAAAUCCAUGGCCCUGGAUUCAAUUAUCUUUGAUCAUCCUUCAGUCACAGUCCGCAUUAGACCAGCCGCCUAUCGCUCCUCUUAA